AUGAGAAGGAAGCGAGAUAAAUGGGGAAAGCGAGGUGAAUGGGGGAAACGAGGUAAAUGGGGAAAACGAAGUAAAUGGGGAAAACGAAGUAAAUGGGGAAGUGGAGUAAAUGGAGGAAGCGAGGUGAAAGGGGGAAGCGAGGUGAAAGGAGGAAGUGAGGGAAGUGAAUGA